UAUCCGUCUGCAAAGCUCCGCCUUUGUUUUUGUGUUCUAUUCCUGUAACUGUGAGUUAUAGUGAGACAUCAGGGCUAAAGGCAUGCAAGUCAGAUUUUACCAGUGACUAAUCAAGUUAUUUACUGCUUGUGAGUUCAGAGAAGUCAUUCUUAUAAUCCCAAGGUGUCGAUCUGUUCAUGGACUGAUACUCCCGUACGGACACAUAAAAGGGCGCAGGGCUGCAACAGGAGGAGAUCGACAUCCAGGGAGACAGCCAACACACUUAAGGAGCAAGGAUGCCAGCUCAAGAAAGAGCAAAGGGGAAUCACAAGACUCGGACAGGCCAGUGUCAUAAGCCUGGAAUGGACCUAUUACUUGACCUUGGUCAGCAGCAUGAAGGCCAUUUGUUCACAGCCACUGAGCUGUUGAGUCACAGACACCGAUCAUCUAUUCAAAAAAUGGAAGACAUCUUGAGGACAUCUGUGGCUGCCGUUUACUGAGAAGGCUGAAGUAGAUUUAUAAGAAUGAGUUAUUUUCUGGUGCUCUGUAAGACACACGGAGAGACUGUUCUAAAUGAAUACCAGAAGCUGAGAGCUGAGAGAUUGCUCUUUGACAUUACCUUAGUGGUUGAUGGAGGUCAGUUUCCUGCACACAAGAGUCUCCUGGCUUGCUCCAGUGAUUACUUUAAGCUCCUCUUUAAAGAUUAUACUAGAGAAUCCAAAGCCAAUAUAAUCUGUCUGGAUGUACUGAGUGCAGUGGGUCUCCAGCAUAUCUUGGACUUCAUAUACACCUCCUGGUUGUCCUUGUCACCGGAGACCUUAGAAGAUACAUUAGAGGCAGCCAGCUACCUUCAGGUCACCGAAGCCAUUCAGCUCUGUAGCCACUAUAUGAUCAACAAUCUCACCUUGGAGACCUGCUGUUUUUUUGCAAAUGUGGCCUCCAAAUUUGGUCUGGGAGAUGCAUUUUCAGCAGCAAACAGCUACAUCAGCAACAAUCUCUCUAAGCUUCAAACCAUUGAACAGCUACAGUUGAACCCAGAGUCGAUGACCGAAAUAGUAAGCUCAGAGGAAAUACCCAACGUAAAAGAGGUGUCGCUGUUAGUUCUUGUACUGGAGUGGCUAAAAUCCAUGAGGCUGCCCACUUCCCACAGCAACACCUUGCUUAGCAAAAUCAGGUAUGGCCUCAUCCCAGUGGAAGACCUCACAAAUCUAUACUCAAAAAAUCAGUUUCUGCAGACCGCUCAGGUAAAACGCUUGAUUCUGAAGGCAAUGGACUACCAUUCGCUGAUUAACCAACAACCCCUACUGCAGUGCAAACAAACUACUCUGCGAAACCAAAGGAAACAGGUCGUUCUCUUAGGAGGAGGAACGGCAAGGGACGGUCUUGUAAGCGAGGUGUUGGCUUUUGAUUUAUAUACGAAGAAGUGUAGGCCCAUCACCGAGCUCAAGAGGAAAGUUCAAAACCACUGUGCUUGUGUGGUGGGGAAUUUUUUGUAUGUCCUGGGGGGUGAGGUCCAACAGACUAACACCACUGAGAAGAUUGCAAUCAUGCCCGUCACCAACAAGGUAUGCCGUUAUGAUCCUCGGUUUAACAAAUGGACUGAGACAGCCAGCAUGCUGGAAAAGCGGUCAAGGUUCUCCUGCUGUGUAAUUGAAGAAAAUAUAUUUGCUAUUGGAGGAAAGGAAGCGGUCGAUUCGCCACUUUCUUCUGUGGAAGUCUAUGACAUCAACACCAACAAGUGGGAGAAGGUCAGGGACUUGCCACAAAAAAUGAACGGGCAUGCCAGCACUGUGUAUAAAGAUACCAUUUAUGUUUCUGGUGGAAUGCAUGAAGACCACACAGAAAGCAGCAAAGAUGUUUACAGUUUCAACCUGCAUGAUGGCCUAUGGAAGAAACAGGCCUCCAUGUUCAUUGCCCGCUAUGGCCACAAGAUGGCAACAAUUCAACAAAAAAUAUUUACAUUUUUAGGAAUGUAUGAGCCAUACUGUGACAUCGAACGGUAUGACCCUGAACAAAACCAGUGGACAAGACUGCGGCCUUUGCUUUAUGACCGGUUUUGCUAUGGAAUGGCCUGCAUUGACAACACCGUUUUGCUUGUGGGGGGUAAAAAAUGGCAGAAUUCGCAAGAAAUUCCAACACAAAAUAUAAUUGAAUAUGAUGAAAAAAAUGACGCUUGGAGUGAAAUCUGCAGGCUCCCUCGUCCUCUGUAUGGAUUGCAGUGUGCAGUAUUACAGCUUCCCGAAGUGGCGUAGACUGACAUAGAAUUUGGCGGUGCUAACUUGAACCAAGAGGGAAAAAAAGAGCUCUCCAAAUAUCGACAUUCAGGUGUCAAGGAUGGAUUGUUACCUCUGUUCACAGGUUUUCCUCUGAGUAGAUGAGAUGGCAGAAAUGAAAGCUGGUAUAGUAGGUUGGCGGAAUGUUUUGUAUUUGGAUGGGAUUGGAACGAAGAUUUCAUAGUUGGCCUGACACAGGAUUUUUUAAAUGAAUGAAGAAUAUUUAAAAAGCCUCCUAAGAAAUGGAAAUUCAGCUUAAAAUCCAUAGGGAGGCUUUCAGUAGCUAGUAAGAAAUAAUGAAGGCCAAACAAGAAGUUACACACACACACGUGUAUAACAUAUGUUGGUUAAUGUAAGUGACAGUACUAGUGGAUGGCAGCGUUAAUGCAUCGCACUCUGCAUUGUCUGCAUGGGGUCUCUGCAUGAGUUUUACUUACCAUGACCUUGCUUUGAUUAGACCUGCCAUGGGGCACAAUGACCAACUGACCCUGCUAUGCUGAAAGAACAUUUCUGGAUGGCCACUCGCUCGUUUUAGGGUAGGGUGAUAAUGUCACAGCACCACUCAAUGCAACAGACUAACACAUUAACGUUGUUACUGCACAUAUUAAUGCAUAAGUGAAUAAAUUAACAUCAAAGAAGCCCACCAUUUGUGUCAACUGUAGCCUACCCACUGCCUUGAACUCUGGUUUUCAUUCAUUAAUGACUUAACUGGCUCAAUUAUAGAAAUGUAGCCCAGGAGAAUGGGACACUGCUGUUAUCUGCAUGUUGGUACCAUCACUGCCCUCAUUUUUGUGUU